AUGGCUGUGCUGCCGCCCCAGGCCCGCGGCCACCGCUGUGUAUGUGGCAGGAGUCAGCCCCCCAGCGUGGGGCCCCGAAGCCCGCGGUCCUUCCACGGGGAGGGCCAGGCCCGCAGGGCGCAGAGGAUGGGGGACAGGCUGCGCCAGCGCUCGCCUGAGGCCCCGCACACAAACCUCAGGCCCAUGGGUCCGCUCCGCGGGGCAGGCGUCGUGGGCCCAAGGAGGCCAGGCCGGGAGUCUCGGCCUCGGGGUUACGCGGCGGCGGGCAGCUCUUCCGCUCCGCUCAGGGUGCUACUAACCCACAGCCGAGCAGCGACCCGCAGGACCGGCGAGAACCCCGCCACUGCCUCCGGCCGGAAGAGAACGGGCAGAGAUGUUCGUCACUUCCGGGGCGUGGCGUGGCCGGGCGUGGCCGUCCCGCCCCUGGCGGCGUGCCUGGCGCCGUGUUCCGUGUCUGUGCGACCGUCCGUCCCGAGCGCGCAGCCGCGGCAGGCCAGGUCAGAGCAGCCCACCAUGGGAUGGGGAGGGGGUGGAGGCUGCACCCCGCGCCCACCCAUCCACCAGCAGCCGCCGGAGCGCCGCGUGGUCACCGUUGUCUUCCUCGGCCUCCUGCUGGACCUCCUGGCCUUCACGCUGCUGCUGCCUCUGCUGCCCGGGCUGUUGGAGAGCCAUGGCCGUGCCCACGACCCCCUCUAUGGCUCCUGGCAGGGCGGGGUGGACUGGUUUGCCACCGCCAUCGGGAUGCCAGUGGAGAAGAGGUACAACAGUGUCCUGUUCGGAGGUCUCAUUGGCUCGGCCUUCUCUGUCCUGCAGUUUCUGUGUGCGCCACUCACUGGGGCCACCUCAGACUACUUGGGGAGGCGCCCGGUGAUGCUGCUGUGCCUGAUGGGUGUGGCCACCUCAUAUGCAGUCUGGGCCACUUCUCGGAGCUUUGCGGCCUUCCUGGCCUCCAGGCUGAUUGGGGGCAUCAGCAAAGGGAACGUCAGCCUCUCCACGGCCAUCGUUGCUGACCUGGGCUCGCCUCUGGCCCGCAGUCAAGGCAUGGCGGUCAUUGGGGUGGCCUUCUCACUGGGCUUCACCCUGGGCCCUAUGCUCGGAGCCUCCCUGCCCCUGGAAAUGGCACCCUGGUUUGCCCUGCUCUUCGCAGCCUCCGACCUGCUGUUCAUCUUCUGCUUCCUGCCAGAGACGCUGCCCCUGGAGAAACGGGCGCCCUCUAUCGCCCUGGGGUUCCAUGGUGCGGCUGAUCUGCUCAGCCCCCUGGCCCUGCUGCGCUUCUCGGCUGUCGCUCGUGGCCAGGACCCACCCUCUGGAGACAGGCUCAGCAGCCUGCGCCGCCUGGGCCUAGUCUACUUCCUCUACCUCUUCCUGUUCUCGGGCCUGGAGUACACGCUGAGCUUCCUCACACACCAGCGCUUCCAGUUCAGUAGCCUACAGCAGGGGAAGAUGUUUUUCCUCAUCGGCCUCACCAUGGCCACCAUCCAGGGUGCCUAUGCCCGGCGGAUCCACCCUGGCGGGGAAGUUGCUGCCGUGAAGCGGGCCCUCCUGCUGCUGGUGCCUGCCUUCCUCCUCAUCGGCUGGGGACGUUCUCUGCCCGUGCUGGGCCUGGGGCUGCUGCUCUACUCCUUUGCUGCCGCCGUUGUGGUGCCCUGCCUGUCCUCCGUGGUCGCUGGCUAUGGCUCACCAGGGCAGAAGGGCACGGUCAUGGGUACACUGCGCAGCCUAGGCGCUCUGGCCAGGGCCGCGGGGCCCCUGGUGGCUGCUUCAGGUGAGGGCGCGGGAUGGUGCUGGGGCAGGCUGGGGGCCAAGCACCUGCCCUCGCCUCCCAAGUGCCAGCUCCCUCGGGGCCUGGGUGACGCCACCGUCUCUCCGCAGUGUACUGGCUGGCUGGGGCCCAGGCCUGCUUCACCACGUGGUCCGGGCUCUUUUUGCUUCCCUUCUUCCUCCUGCAGAAGCUGAGUUAUCCGGCACAGACGCUCAAGGCUGAGUAGCUGAGCCACUGUGCCCAGGCUGUGGGCACCAGGCAGAGAGUGGGAGCCUAGGUCAGGCCCCUGCCCACUGCCUGACCCCCCCCCACAACCCCCAGUCCAGGGAGACCCUGUGGGUGGGGGCCGGCCCCUAAGCAGGAAGCUCAGGCAGCUCCUCCAGACUUACUCCUUCAGUGACUCCGAGCUGCAGCACUCCAAGGCUGUCGGGGCUUCUGUUUGUUUGUUUUUUAAACUAUGCACCAGGUUUCUGAUGAUGAAAUAAAGCACCUGUUUUAUACCAA